AAUUUGUCCCGAAUGAGACUCAUCCGCUUCAUGAGCUGAGAGUCUCGACUGUGUGGGAUAAAAUCCCACACACUUCUACCAUUAAGAUAGACACUGUUAACCCACUUUACCCAUAAGGUAUCUUUUUUAUUAUGCACGUCCCAAAUAACACGUGAGAGGAGGGCGUGAUUCCAGAUUUUAGCAUUAUGGAUCCCUAGCCCACCUUCCGCUUUUGGUAAGCAUAUAUCAUCCCACGCAACUUUCGCAAAUUUCCCACCCCACAAAAAGAUCCUACAAAUGGACACAAUCCUAUCCAAAAUCGUUUGGGGAACCGGAAAGACUUGGAGCCAAAACGAUUGGACUCCUUGGAUUACAAAAGACCUAGUUUAAACGCAGUAAAAACGAAAACAAAAAACAAAGCAAAACAGUAACAGAAAUUUCUACAGUCCAACGUCACGUGUAUUCUGCAGUAAAAAGUACAUACAUUACACACUACAGAGUCACUCAGUGAUUAAAUGUUACCUUAUCAUUCAUUUAUUUUACCGUUUACUGUUAUGCCAUCAUCUCGCGCGACAGCUGUAAAAAAAAUUAUGCUGCUGCUACCUUCUCCUUCUCGUUUCCAUUUUUGUCGAAUUAUUUAUACCCGUAACUGAUAUGCACAGAAAUCACGCAAUUUUGAUAAAUAAAUUAAAUAAAGAUUUUAACUGAUAAAAAAAAUCUGUCUCUGAAUAUUUUAUCCUAUAUUUUGGAGUGGGGGCCUGGAUUUCAUCCACAUUUACAGCGCGAUCCCCAAUGGAAGCUUUUUCUCUCAUUUUCCCCCAUUUUCUUUUUACCUGCGCAUGCAAAAGAAAAGCUACUUAGAGAAAGUACAAACCCCUAGAAGUGAGUCACUACUGACUACUCUCUGUUUCGUUUUUAUUUUUUUCCGUUUCUUGUGAUUCGCCGCCGGAAUCCCAGAAUUCCGGUUGUCUCCGGCAGGGGGUUGGUAGAUGCUGGGGUUGACUGGCUCUGCUUGAUCAGUCUCUGUUUUGGGUGUUUGUUGUUUCAGGGAAUAAUCAAAUUUGCGGCGGCGGCGGCCGGAGACUAGCCAGAGUGACCAUCAUUUUUAGCUGAUGAUGGCCGGAGAAUAGUUUCUCCGUUUUGAUAUAUCAAAGCCCAUUUCUGGACAACUGAAACAGUGGGGAUCAGCUUUGAUUUCCCUUUACUUAUUUUUUUCUGGGUUUUGUUUUUGUUCAGGCUUUUCUUCUGACUUUAAGCAGCUAUGAAGAGGAGAACCAUUCAUCAGAAUCAACAUCCUUUUGAUGUUUAUCCUUUUGAGGUAUUUCGCGACGGAUCAUGGCAACCCGUAGAGCGCAUAAGAAUUCAGCACGGGACCUUUGGGAUGCACAUUUUAGAUGAAGGGGACUUGAUUGAGGAGGACAUUUCGAUAUCAAACGUAAGAAUAAGGUCUAGGAAAGCCACUACUUCUGACUGUGCUUGCUUUCUAAGGCCUGGGCUCGAUAUAUGUGUAUUUUCAACCCCUCACCAAACACAAGAUUCUGAUUCGGAGGAAGACACAGAUGAUAAAACAGAACCUGAACCCGUAUGGAUUGAUGCAAAAAUAAGAUCCAUAGAAAGGAAACCUCAUGGCUUUGGAUGUGACUGCCAGUUCCACAUUAGUGUGUACGUCACACAAGGCCCGCCUCCAAUUCUGAAGAAAACGUUAAGUAAAGAGAUCAAACAGGUCAAACUUCAGCAUGUUUCCAUUCUUCAGAAACUUGAGCUCAAACCUUGUGAAGACAAGCAUUACCGUUGGAGCUUCUCUGAAGACUGUAGUGCCCUGCAGCCGUUUAAGUUAUUCACUGGAAAGUUUUGCACCGAUCUCACAUGGCUCCUCGUCGCAUCCAUUCAUAAGGAAGCAACCUUUGAUGUCCGAUCGAUCCACAAUCGGCUUGUCUAUGAGGUCUUGAAGGAUGAAAAUGACAUUGACGCUCCAGAUUCAGCGUAUGAUUCGUAUGCCAUGAAUUUCAAAGUGGAAAAUGAUGUUUCCACCCCCGUUGUUGUACAGUUUGACCCUAACACAACUGAGAGGAGGCUGGAUGGGGCUGGCCCACUUGUUGUGUAUGACGAGUUGCGUCGGUCAAAGCGUAGAUUCGUACAACCUGAACGGUACAUGGGGUGUGAUGAAUAUUUGACUGAAUUUGACAUUGAGGUUACCCGACUCGGGGGAGGAAAGAUGUAUAAAAGUGAAGUGGAAGAAGUUAUACCAAUGGCCCUCUCGAUUCAAGCUGACCAUGCAAUGAAGACAGGUGAUCGCGAUAAGUCUCUCUUGAAUAACCAAAACGAGUUGUAUGAGAAUGGGACGAAAUCCGGGCCAAAGCGGGCCGGUGGUGACAAGUCAAACCUUUCAAUCGUUCCUCAUCAAUCGUCUUCUAAGAAACAUUACACUGCUCGCAAAGACGAAAACGUGCAUCAGUUUGAAGUUGAUGAUGAUAUAUCUGCAGAGAUCAAAGAAAUAGUGUCCAGAUAUAUUUAUGUGAACAGUUCUGCUAACAUACAUAUGAACAGAUCUUCAUUCAAAUUGAUGAAAACGAAGCGCUGGGCUGGUCAAACAAAAGUCUCCAAGUUGAAAUUCAUGGGUCUGGAUCUUAAACAAGGCGGGACGGGUUCAAGAAAAAGAGGAUAUAAAAGACGGGAUAUCCCUCCUUCCGAGAGGGACAGUGUUUAUGACAUAAGAUCGUUUAGAAAAGGGUCCAUAAGUGCCAAUGUGUAUAGGGAAUUGAUUAGGAGGUGUAUGUCGAACAUCGAUGCGACUCUUAAUAAGGAACAGCCCCCAAUUAUGGAUCAAUGGAAAGAAUUUCAGUCAAACAAGUCAUGUCAGCGGGAGCGCCAUGAUAAAGAUUCUACGAAUCAAGAGGAAGAAUUGUCAGAACUUGAUAUGCUAUGGAAGGAAAUGGAACUUGCAUUGGCAUCAUGUUACCUUCUCGAUGACAAUGAGGGCACAAACUUAAAAACUGCAACUGAACAACAUAUGUCAACCAAAAAUGGAAGCAAAGUUUGUCAUCAUGAUUUUCGGCUCAACGAGCAGAUUGGAAUUAUUUGUAGACUAUGUGGAGUUGUGAGCACUGAAAUAAAGGACGUUCCCCCACCCUUUAUGCCUUCAACAAUCUCAGGUUCAGGGAAGGAUCAGAGACCUGAGGAAGACACGGAUCAAAAACAGGAAGAUGACACUGCUGCUGAUCUUGAACACUUCACCAUCCCCCCCUCUUCCUCCAAGAUACCAUCAUCCAAAUUGGAAGUGGAAGAUAACGUGUGGGCUUUAAUACCUGAUCACAGAAACAAGCUGCGGCCCCACCAAAAAAGAGCAUUUGAAUUCCUUUGGCGAAACAUCGCGGGCUCAACUAUCCCAACCGAAAUAGAUCCCGAGAGCAAGAAGAGAGGAGGCUGUGUCAUUUCUCAUACCCCGGGAGCUGGCAAAACUCUCCUCAUCAUUGCCUUCCUUGUCAGCUACUUGAAACUGUUCCCCGGGUCACGUCCUCUAGUCCUCGCCCCAAAAACAACUCUGUACACUUGGUACAAGGAGAUAAUAAAGUGGAAGAUCCCGAUCCCGGUUUACCAAAUCCACGGUGGGCAAACAUACAAAGGAGAAGUGUUGAGAGAGAAGAUGAAAAUGUGUCCCGGUCUGCCCAGAAACCAGGAUGUCAUGCAUGUCUUGGACUGUCUUGAAAAGAUGCAGAAGUGGCUCGACCACCCAAGCGUCCUCCUCAUGGGCUACACCUCGUUCUUGACUUUGACCCGCGAAGACUCAACCUAUGCACACAGGAAAUAUAUGAACCAGGUUUUACGGCAGUGUCCAGGGAUCGUCAUACUAGAUGAGGGACACAAUCCUAGGAGCACAAAGUCUAGGUUAAGGAAGGCAUUAAUGAAAGUUGACACGAGUCUUAGGAUUCUGUUGUCUGGGACGUUGUUUCAGAACAACUUUGGGGAGUAUUUCAACACUCUUUGCUUGGCGAGACCGAGGUUCGUUGAUGAGGUGUUGAAGGAGCUUGACCCGAAGUACAAGGAGAAAGCAAAAGGUACAAAGAGUCGGUUUUCGUUAGAAAACCGAGCAAGAAAAAUGUUCAUUGAUAAAAUAUCUAAAAGGAUCGAUUCAGAUAAAGAGAAGGAAAGGAAAGAAGGGUUGAACAUACUGAAGAAACUCACUACGGGGUUCAUAGAUGUUUAUGAAGGUGGGAGCUCCGAAAACCUUCCCGGAUUACAAUGUUACACGUUGAUGAUGAAGUCAACGACCCUCCAGCAAGAGAUUCUUCUGAAGCUACAAGACCAAAGGCCUAUAUACAAAGGGUUCCCGCUGGAAUUGGAGCUCCUCAUCACUCUAGGGGCGAUCCACCCUUGGUUGAUCAAAACCACGGCAUGUUCCGGUCAAUACUUCAAGCCAGAAGAGUUGGAGGCACUUGAGAAAUUCAAGUUUGACUUAAAAGUAGGAUCAAAGGUCAAAUUUGUCAUGAGCCUAAUCCCGCGUUGUCUACUCCGAAAAGAAAAAGUUUUGAUCUUUUGCCACAACAUCGCCCCAAUCACCCUCUUCUUGGAGAUAUUUGAGCGGUUCUACGGGUGGCGGAAAGGCGUGGAAGUUCUCGUCCUUCAAGGUGACAUCGAGCUUUUCGAGAGGGGCAGAAUUAUGGAUAGGUUUGAGGAGCCUGGAGGGGCCUCUAAGGUAAUGCUAGCGUCCAUCACCACCUGUGCAGAAGGGAUCAGCUUGACUGCUGCGUCACGGGUGAUCUUGCUGGAUUCAGAAUGGAACCCGUCAAAGAGCAAACAGGCGAUUGCGAGGGCAUUCCGGCCCGGUCAGGACAAGGUCGUUUACGUCUAUCAACUCUUAGCUACGGGGACACUAGAAGAGGAGAAGUACAAGAGGACAACAUGGAAGGAAUGGGUUUCGAGUAUGAUAUUCAGUGAGGAUCUUGUGGAGGACCCGUCUCACUGGCAAGCCCCGAAGAUUGAGGACGAGCUACUCGGGGAGAUUGUGGAGGAGGAUCGGGCAACGUUGUUCCAUAUGAUUAUGAAGAAUGAGAAGGCUUCCAAUAUGGGAAGACUUCAAGUGUGAGAAUUGGAUUCUCAUAAUCCGAUGAUCAUACAGGCGGCCAUGAUCAAGAAUUACUUUUCUUGGUCAGAACCUCCAAGUUUAUGGUUGGACCCUUAAAUUGUUGUAUACCCUUGUUGUAUACACUUAAUAAGCAGUUUAUGCAGUUCCUCCCCACCUCUGACAAACUGGAAACUGGUACGAGGAUGUUUUUCUGUCUUUCUUUUCUGUUCUUUUUUUUCC